GUGGAUGUCAAUGGAUUUCAGCUCUCAAGUAAGCAUCCAACGAGAACAGUAUUCGAAACGAUUUGUUUACUGGCUAACGUAUGUAUAACCACAGAAAUGUUUUAUUAUUGUUCAUAAGCUGCUGUUUGGCCUUAGGGCUUAAAUUUAAGCUAAGGAAUACCCAUUGACUCGUGUCACCUAGAAGAAUCUCGUACCAAGGGCCCCAAAUCUACACUUUGCUCCCUCUUUAUGUCAAUAUUAUUAGUGAUGUAACAUCCUAGCUACUGAGAUUGAAACAAAAAGUGGGUUGAACGUCUGUAUUCUCUGCGGUCGUUUCCGUGUAUUUUUGGUCAAAUGCGAUCCUCUCUAUAUAUAGAGCACACAGGAUAGAUAGACGAAGCAUCCUUGCCGAAAGUACAGCGCCUUUGAACCUCGUUUUCAUGAUUGGGAUUUUUGCUUUAGAGCCUUUUACCAAAGAAAUUAAGGCGUUUGUAGAAAUACGUUACCAAAAAUUAUAUAUGUAAAGACAACGUCCCUUUUGGGUGGGCCUGACUAUCAGCCCCCCCCCCUGCGCGUUUCAAAUAAACCCCCCAGAAUUAAGUUAACCAGCUUUCGAUCAACCGGCACAAAAUUCUUGUGCAAGAUAUAUUUCCCUGGGUAAUUAAUUUGGUUGCUUACUUUCUAGGAAUUAUUACUGUACAGAGAUGAUGUAUUAACUAAACCAAAAAUAUUAGUUUUGAAUAAAAUGGAUUGCGCCGGAGCUGAAGACAAGUACCGCAUCUUCAGAGAGAAAAGUGGUGAUUCAAUUUCACAAGGUACGAGAAAUGUGUUCAAUAUGUAAAUAUUUAGGACUUGUGUCUAUGGCAGGAAGCAUAUAAUUUAGACAAAAUUUGAAAUACAAACUGAAUUUAUGUACACGAUCAGAUGUUGGCCACUAGAUUAGACUUUGAGCAAGGGUAUAUUAAUUAUCGUAAGAAUUUAUAAAUAUUCAAUACCUACCAAUCAUUCAAUUCCUUAGGAUAUACUGUAUACUGGUUUCAAAAAUAUACUUUAUUUACUUGAAAUCUGUCUAAAUCGCUGAACUCUCAGUUUCAUGUUACUUCACACAAAACAUCCAUGCAAAGCACAAAAAGAUGACACAAGUGAAAUAAUAGGCAUUACAACGUAAUAGCAUCAUACUUAUAAUCCCACAUAUGCGUGUACAGUACUAAUGUACAGUCGUUGGACAAACCAGUCAGAUUCUCUCUUCACUGAUUGGCUAACUGGUUUAAUCAACCAAUCAGCAUAAGGUCAAUGAAUCCAAGGCUGGGCCUGCAGUGUUAACACGGCUUUAUAGGCUUAUAUUACAGAACAAACUUGUACACAGACGAAUACUUGUUAUACAAAUUGUUUCAACACGGUUUUGUGGUGCUGCAAUUCAUGUACAAUACAAUUUGUGAUAACAAUGUAUAACGAUUUGACUAAAUAACAUUGUUACAACCAAUGUUAUACUUUUUUAGGUGAAACGUCGGCAAUAGACGAAUUGGCACAACGUGAAAUCCUGCCCGCAAAAAACAUGGAACAUAUCAAAAUGUUGAAAAAUUUUCAGUUUGAUCAUGUUCUUGCCGUGUCAGCAUUGAAUCAAACUGGUGUUGAUAAAAUCGUAUUGAAACUUCAAGAACUGAUUAGUAAAUUAAAUUAA